AUGGAGGAUCCGACCCAGCCCUCAUCGUCCCGAAGAGGGUCGAUCGAUAUUAAAUAUGAGUCUGAGAGUGCGGCGACGAUCAUGGGUGAUGAGACCCCUCGCAAGGACAGCAGCCCUGGUUCCAGUCAACACAAUGACUGGAGCUUGCUUUCUCGGAUUCAACAACAACACGAACGAGACUUGGCCUCCGGGUUCAAGCGACAGGAAUUGGGCGUCACUUGGCAAAACCUCAAUGUCGAUGUCAUCAGCUCGGAAGCUGCCGUUAAUGAGAAUGUUUUGUCUCAAUUCAAUAUUCCCAAGCACAUCAAGGAAUCUCGGAACAAGCCCCCGCUGCGAACUAUCCUGAAAAACAGCCAUGGCUGCGUCAAGCCGGGUGAGAUGCUCUUAGUCCUGGGUCGUCCAGGCUCGGGUUGCACAACCCUGCUCAAGAUGCUCGCAAACCGCCGCGGUGGCUUCAAGGCAGUGGAGGGAGAUGUGCGGUUCGGCUCGCUAACCUCGGAUGAGGCCACCAAGUACCGCGGCCAGAUCGUCAUGAACACAGAGGAGGAACUAUUUUUCCCAACCCUGACCGUUGGCCAGACCAUGGACUUUGCAACUCGCCUCAAGGUUCCCUUCAAGCUUCCGAACGGCGUUGAGUCCGCCGAGGCUUAUCGUGAAGAUAACAAGAAGUUCCUGCUCGAGUCCAUGGGUAUCUCACACACCGAGGACACCAAGGUCGGCAACGAAUAUGUCCGUGGUGUCUCCGGUGGUGAGCGCAAGCGUGUCUCCAUCGUCGAAUGUCUCGCCACUCGAGGAUCCGUCUUCUGCUGGGACAACUCCACUCGUGGUCUGGAUGCCAGCACUGCUCUGGAAUGGACCAAGGCUGUUCGUGCCAUGACCGAUACUCUGGGUCUCUCGACAAUCGUCACUCUGUACCAAGCCGGUAAUGGAAUUUACGAGCUCUUCGACAAGGUGCUUGUUCUCGACGAGGGCGAGCAGAUCUACUACGGUCCCCGGGCCCAGGCUCGGCCGUUCAUGGAAGAGGCUGGAUUUGUCUGCCGUGAAGGAUCCAACGUUGCUGACUUCCUCACUGGUAUCACUGUGCCCACGGAACGCCGCAUUCGCGACGGCUAUGAAAACCGCUUCCCCCGUAACAAGGAAGCCCUGCGCGAGGCAUAUGAAAAGUCUCCCAUCUAUGAGCAGAUGACUGUUGAAUACGACUACCCGAACACCGAGGAUGCACGCGACCGAACCCAGGACUUCAAGGACGGUGUCGCCUUUGAGACAUCCAACCAACUCCCGAAGAACAGCCCUCUGACUGUAAGCUUUACCGAGCAGGUCAAGGCUUGUGUGUCUCGUCAGUACCAGAUUAUCUGGGGAGACAAGGCUACUUUCAUCAUCAAGCAAGUUGCGACACUGAUGCAGGCCUUGAUUGCGGGAUCCCUGUUCUACAGUGCUCCUGACAACUCUUCUGGUCUUUUUGUCAAAUCUGGUGCUCUAUUCUUCUCGUUGCUGUACAACAGCUUGCUCGCCAUGUCUGAAGUUACAGACUCGUUCCACGGUCGUCCUGUCUUGAUCAAGCACAAGGGCUUUGCUUACUUCCAUCCUGCGGCUUUCUGCAUUGCUCAAAUCGCUGCCGAUAUCCCCGUGCUGCUGUUCCAAAUCAGCAUGUUCUCGCUCGUGGUUUACUUUAUGGUUGGCCUGUCAAUGUCGGCUGGCGCGUUCUUCACGUACUGGAUCAUGGUGUUUGCGACAACGAUGUGUAUGACUGCUCUCUUCCGAGCCAUUGGUGCUCUCUUCUCCACAUUCGACGGAGCUUCGAAGGUGUCUGGAUUCCUUAUCUCCGCGCUGAUUAUGUAUACCGGUUACAUGAUUCAUAAGCCGCAGAUGCACCCUUGGCUGGGCUGGAUUUUCUGGAUCGACCCAUUGGCCUACGGAUUCGAGGCCCUUCUGUCCAACGAAUUCCACGGCAAGACUAUCCCUUGUGUUGGCAACAAUCUCAUUCCUCAAGGUCCUGGCUACACGGAUUCCGCCCACCAGUCCUGCGCUGGUGUUGGCGGAGCCAUUCAGGGCAACACCUAUGUCACCGGUGACCAGUACCUCCACUCACUCUCUUACAGCCACUCCCACUUGUGGCGAAACUUCGGUAUCAAUUGGGCAUGGUGGGUGCUGUUUGUCGUUGUCACCAUCAUCGCUACUUCCAGAUGGCAGUCCCCUGGCGACAGCGGAAGCUGUCUCGUUAUCCCUCGUGAGCGCCUCGAGCAGCACCGCCAAGUUGUCAAGUCCGAUGAGGAGUCUCAAGUCCAGGAAAAGUCCAAGAAGCCGUCCGAUUCCGGCACCGUUAGCGAAGACGAUAUUAACAAGCAGCUCGUUCGCAACACGUCGGUCUUUACCUGGAAGGACUUGCAAUACACUGUGAAGACGCCUACUGGGGACCGGGUUCUCCUUGAUAACGUUUAUGGAUGGGUGAAGCCCGGUAUGCUGGGUGCACUGAUGGGCUCCUCCGGUGCGGGCAAGACUACUCUGCUCGAUGUUCUGGCGCAACGGAAGACUGAUGGUACUAUCCGUGGUUCCAUCCUGGUUGACGGUCGCGAGCUUCCCGUUUCAUUCCAGCGUUCUGCUGGAUAUUGUGAGCAGCUCGAUGUUCUUGAGCCGUUUGCGACCGUCCGCGAAUCUUUGGAAUUCUCGGCUCUGCUCCGCCAGGCUCGGGAUACUCCACGCGAGGAGAAGCUGAAAUACGUCGACACUAUCAUCGAUCUUCUGGAGCUGCACGAUAUAGCAGAUACUUUGAUCGGUUACGUCGGUGCUGGUUUGAGCGUUGAGCAGCGCAAGCGUGUCACCAUCGGUGUCGAGCUUGUGUCCAAGCCCAGCAUUCUGAUUUUCUUGGACGAGCCCACCUCUGGUCUCGAUGGACAGUCUGCUUACAACACCGUUCGAUUCUUGCGAAAGCUCGCCGAUGUUGGUCAGGCCGUCUUAGUUACCAUUCACCAGCCCUCUGCUCAAUUGUUUGCCGAAUUUGACACUCUGCUCUUGCUCACCAAGGGUGGAAAGACCGUCUACUUCGGUGAUAUCGGUGACAACGGUCAGACCGUCAAGAAUUACUUCGACCGCUAUGGCGCUCCUUGCCCCAGCAACACCAACCCUGCUGAACACAUGAUUGACGUGGUCUCCGGACACCUUAGCCAGGGCAAGGACUGGAACCAGGUCUGGCUCGAGUCGCCUGAGAACUCUAAGGCACUCAAGGAACUUGACGGAAUCAUUAGCACCGCUGCAUCCAACCCGCCUGGUACUUUCGAUGACGGUCGCGAGUUUGCCACCUCUAUCUGGGAACAAACCAAGCUUGUGACUCUUCGCAUGAGCACUGCUCUCUUCCGUAACACCGACUACGUCAACAACAAGUUCGCUCUGCACAUUGGAUCUGCCCUGUUCAAUGGUUUCUCUUUCUGGAUGAUUGGAAACAGCAUCGGCAGCAUGCAACUGCGCCUCUUCACAAUUUUCAACUUCAUUUUCGUUGCUCCUGGUGUCAUUAACCAGCUGCAGCCCCUGUUCUUGGAACGCCGAGCCAUCUACGAGCAGCGUGAGAAGAAGUCCAAGAUGUACUCGUGGUGGGCCUUCGUGACUGCUCUCGUCGUGUCCGAGAUCCCAUACCUCUGCAUCUGCGCCGUGUUGUACUUCGUGUGCUGGUACUGGACCAUCGGCGGGGUCACCGCUGCCGAUAAAUCAGGCCCAACCUUCUUCAUGAUGCUGCUUUAUGAGUUUGUCUACACUGGUAUCGGUCAAUUCGUUGCCGCCUAUGCCCCCAACGCGACAUUCGCCGCUCUGGUCAACCCCCUGAUCAUCGGUACCCUGGUCUCAUUCUGUGGUGUCCUUGUUCCCUACGCCCAGAUCCAAGAGUUCUGGAGAUACUGGAUCUACUGGAUGAAUCCAUUCAACUACCUUAUGGGUGGUCUUCUUGUCUUCAAUAUCUGGGACACCGACAUCAAGUGCAAGGAGAGCGAGUUUGCCAUCUUCAACCCUCCCAAUGGAACCUCUUGCGGUGACUACCUGAGCACUUUCAUGGACACCAUCGGUGUUCGCAUGAACCUGGUCAAUCCCCUCGCGACCGAGUCUUGCAAGGUCUGCGAAUACACUUAUGGGAGCGACUACCUCUACACCCUCAAUCUGAAAAAGUACUACUACGGCUGGCGCGAUAUUGGUAUUGUUGCAAUUUUCGCUCUCAGCUCGUAUGCUUUGGUUUACUUGUUGAUGAAACUGCGGACAAAAGCCUCGAAGAAGGCCGAGUGA